CCACAUGAAAUCGAAAGCUAUAAUUGCUUACGGAGGUAACCGUAGUUUGUGAAUUCCGGGCGAGCGAUAUGUGACAUUCAGCGAUACAUUACAGUAGUGACAUGGUAAUAGAACUAAUCUUGACUACUAAACAGAAGUAGUUUCACUUGCGCUGAUUUGUGACCCGCCCCUGGCAUUUGAAUGUGAACACGCGCAGCUCAACAUGGGAUCGGAUCAACAUCGAACACCCCGUCAGAUUAAGAUUUCUUGUGUACUGUGCAAGAAUUCCGACGAAACUGAGAUCACCGGAGCUCUCUCAUCCAAAGACGACAUUUCAGCACACCAGAACUGUCUUUUGUACGCAUCAGGAAUCUACUGCAAAAACUCGCCUACAUAUGAUGACCUGUUUGGAUUCGCUGUACAUGAUGUGAAGCAAGAGGUUCGGAGAGGAAGGAAAUUAGUUUGUCACCACUGCCAGAAACGUGGGGCUACGGCAGGAUGUGAAGUAAACCGUUGUAAGCGCUCGUUUCAUUAUCCCUGUGCCAACGAGGCUAAUGCCAGAGUCAUUGAAGACCUUGCCGAAGGCCGUUAUAUACUGUACUGUGAAAAGCAUGAUCCACAAUCCAAACGAGAAAGUUCGGUAAUAUCUGAUGUUUCGUCACCGUCUGGUCUGAAUCUGUCUAGGCGUGGCUCACCAGACAGUCGUGGAGGAAGGCCUGUCAGGAGGGAAUCUAAUUCAUCUUCAGGGUCAUCAGAACAGGCAAAUACUUACAAGCCCAAUAACACGGCAACACCUAACGACCCAGACGAUGAAGUUCAGAACUGCAUUGACCCCAUGUAUGCUCCAGUCGAGUCAGAUCUGGACGAUUCGACACCACCAAAACAGCACAAUUCAAUUCCUAUGGCUCAAGGUGCAAGGCCCAGUGAAAAUCUCAAUCUACCAUCUACAGGUUUGGUUAAUAGGGCCACAGCAUCUCGUUUGAAUGGCUGUAAUGGUGACAAUCCAAGACAAUUUAACAAGAGGAUUGAAUUUGAUUCACCAACAGCUUCACCAGAAACUCCCAGAAGGAAGAAAAAGAAGUUGUCAGUACUUGACUCAGAUGAUGAACUUGAGACCAGCACUAAUCCUGUAGUUUCACCAGUAGUGCCACAUGCAUGGGGAUGCACCUCUCCAACACAGCACAAUCAUUCAACUCCUGUGACUGAAAAUACAAGACCCUGUGAGGCACUCAAUUCAUUACCCACAGGAGAUGAUGGUGAUGAUACUGACAUUGAUUCAGAUGUAUCUCAAAGUUUGUUACCAUCAGGACCUUACAAUGUCACUGUUGAAUGCACAGUUAUCAUGGACUCAGGGCCCUCGAUGGAAUCAGAGAACAGUUUAGACCCUUGUUCACCUUCCAGGCCCGUCACGGCUGAUGUGUGUACCUCACCCGGUUCUGUCACUCCUGAACCUGAACCUGGAGAUACAACAUCGACAAACAUAACUGCCUCAGAGCCCAAAGCUCCAAACACUGACCCGGCCUUUCCUGGUUCCGCUGACCACAUGCCCCAACAAGAACGCUCAGACAGCGGUCCCACCGAUCAGCUACAAAGCCCCACAUCAGACUUUCCAGAAGCAUUACCAUCCGCAAUACAACCACUUUCAGCAUCUCACAUCAUUACGGAUCACCCAGCAGAACGUUCUCCUCCGGAAGCGGCGUCCGCGUCACAUCAUCCUGGCACCUCGGAUGCUAAUGAUGUGGAUGCCAUGAUGAGCUUGGAGUCCAGCGCCACAACAUUCUGGGCUAAAUGUAAUGAGGCCGGAUGCACUGAAGAAAUCUUCUCAGAACUGGUAUCUCAGCUGAACAGCAUAAGACAACGGAUACAGUCACGGGAAGCCACUCAGCAGGAUUUUGAUGUUGCUCUGAAGGUAUUAGAGGCAUCUGGACGACUACCUACAAUUAUAACUCAGCUUGAACAAGACCUGGAGAAGCAGGAACGGGAAUUGCUGAGGAAAAUGGCAGCGCUGAGAGAUGCCAGAGCUGUCCUCAGAUUCAGUCUAAAUUAGUCUAAUAUUCUGAUGUGUAGAACUGCAAGGUUGUGUCACACAUUGUGGUUCAUAGGUUUGUUAGUGUUACAUUUUGUUUACUUUUAGCUGUCAGUGAGCAAGAGUUAGUUUUAGUAAUUUUUUGGAACAUAAAAUGUUUAAAUGUUAGAGUGACCUUGUGCAAUAACUGUUAUCUUUUUUGUGUUUAAGUUUUAUAAAAAUCGAAUUUUUAUGUUUCAAAAAUUAAUCACAACAGAAAUGUCUUAUAAAAAAUAUACCUACCAUUUUGUUUUAUUGUCAAAAAUAUACCUACCAUUUUGUUUUAUUGUCAAAAAUAUACCUACCAUUUUGUUUUAUUGUCAAAAAUAUACCUACCAUUUUGUUUUAUUGUCAACAUUUUAUUAUUGUCAACAUUUGUCGACUUACAGAGAAUUUAGGAAACAAUAAAGCGAUAUGUCACAGGGGCAAUAAUACAAUAGGUGCAACAAAGAAAUACAUAUUUGGAACAACUAGAGAGUGAGUAAUUCAUGACAGAAUUUUCAUUUUUGUGUGAACUAAGUUGUUCACUAAAAAUAGAUCGUUCUGAUUUUCCGUAGUUAAUAAGUAGCCAAACUCUAGAAGAUCAUGUCUGUGUAGUCUGUAAAGUUUUUUAAAUGCAAAACACUGCGUGAACUUCGGUGAGUUUUCACUAGCUAUUCAAUGUUGUUGGUUAGCUUUUUUACAUCUAUAUAUCAUCUAUAUUUUUCCUUAAGAAGUCUUUUUAAGGCUCAAAGUAUAAAUACUAUAAUGUAUGAUAAGCAGAUGUUUAUUUAGCAAUAUACUGUAAUAAUGUAAAGAUCAAUAUAUUUAUUUAUAUACACUUGCUAUAUUUACUCCCAGUUUAUU